CCCGCCAUUUGAACAGGUCAUCGUGUCAAUACUUUGCUUCCAGAAGUAAGGAGGAGAGUUCCUCAAAACAACCUGCGUCAAUGGAGGCAGUCGGAGCUGAAUCAGCAAUUCGUGGGAUUGCAACAACUGGAAUUCAAUGCUCUAUCAAGCUUAUAACUGUUGCUGGCCUGGUCAAGUCUGCACAAGAUGAAAUUACAGACGUUGCAAAAGAUGUCUUGGUGAAUGCUAGUAUUUUACAGCAAUUGGGCCAGCUCGCGAAGGAUAGAAUAUCUCACGAACAAACUGCGCUGUACACCAAUGCCAACAAUGACAAAUUGAAGAUACCUGAUUCAGUCACUACAGGCGAUGCCGAAAGGAGCACUGAAACCCAACAUGGAGUCUUCAAUGCAGCUGGUCUAGCAGUAGUCCUGAAGCUAGCUACAGAAUGCAAUGAUAUUUUCAGCAGGUUGAAUGAAGCCCUACAAGAGACUAGUAAAGCACUGAGCGCGAAUACUGACGGUCAAACACGGAUCAAAGCGACUCAGGCGGGAAUGGUACACUGGCCACUUACCAAGCCGCAAAUAGAUGGCAUGCAGGCUCGACUAAGAGAUGCCAAAGGGACACUGAUGCUCAUGCUCCAGGUUGCUAUGCUACGUUAUUCGGAAACGCCGAUAGAGGGGAAUAUAUCUGGGGCAAUACUAAGCCCAUAUUCGGAAGAAGAGCAGAACUUAUUGAGGAGUUCUAUCGUGGCCGCUAAGAAAGCCCGGCUAUAUAUCUCAAGCGAACGAGGCCCUUCGUGUACUCAGGAUGUGUCUGCUUUGGCAACAGAGAAGAGACCAUUGGGGAAUAGAAUACAACUCGGGAGCAUGGACCAUAGAAGUGAGAGAGCACGACAAAACAACACCCUAGCGCAGAAUAGUCAGCUAGAACAGGUGGUCGGCAGAAGGGAUUUGCAACCCCCAAUAUCACCCGCCAAUGAACCCCUGAUGACCCAACUCAGUGUAUAUUUGGCUUCUCCCAAACUACAAAUUGCUUAUGGGAAAGUUCAUGUCGAGUACCAAACUCGCCUGCUAAGAAUCUCACGCACAGAGAUUGACUCCCAGAUUCAGCAGUGGAGAGAUUCCUCCAACAGAACCGUGCUUGAUCAGCUCCAUUCUCUAACAGCUAAUGAACAACAGGCACUGGAUGCGAUCAAUUGCGGCCAUAAUUCUAAAGGCCUGUUGGCAGCUGGCACACUUGAGUGGAUACAGUUCGGCGAGUACUUACCCGUCAAUGGCGUGGAGCAUAUCAUGGCAAGAAGCAUCACCAUUAUAAUCAGUUCGAAAGACCAGUAUUCAACAGAGAAAGAAAAGCCAGAGCCAAUCCGGGAAGAGGAGGAUGCUCGGUAUGGGAAGGAAUCUAACACCUGGGUUCAUCGCAGCCACAUCGUGCCAGACACGCUUAUUGCCUAUCGUUUACCUUUUGAAUUCGACGAGGUAUCUGUCCAAUAA